AUGGCACUUCACGCCAAUGCAGUAAGAUUCGGUUUACAGAGGAUUUGUUUGGCACCUGUGUCGUUUCGAUACAGUAGACAAGCUGCAUGCCGUUUGGGUUUGGAAUUUAGUUCCAGAUCUAAUGAUGUCCCUAAACGUACCCCAAACGUACGAUUCUUAAGCUCAAAAAAUGAAAAAAUUAUCGAUCUUAGUUACUCCGACAUUGAUCCAGUUUAUAUACCUUUUAAGAAAGAAAUUGUUGACGAACAAGAUUUACAUGAAGGAGAUCAGCAUUCAAUCAAUUCUGAAAUUGUUAUUAAAUGUAAAAGAAAAAAUUUAAAUCAUGAGAGAAAUCAGAAAUAUGAUCAGUUUAAAGAAAUUCCACUGGCAUCAAAAGGAUGGAAGAACAAGAAGGCUAAAGAUGAUUAUUUUACUAUUCAUAUUUAUAAUGAUGAUUAUUUACCUCAAAGCAGAAAGAGUUUUUACGAAUUUAAAAACACUGGACUAUCACAAUCUAUUCUUCAUAUUUUAAAACAACAUGAAAUCACUAUUCCCUCACAAAUUCAAGCUCUUGGAAUUCCAUCAAUACUGAAAGGGAAUAAUACUUUGCUUGCAGCUGAAACAGGUUGUGGUAAAACAUUAGCAUACUUGGCACCAAUAAUUCAACAAGUAUUAGCUUAUAAAGAAAAAGUAAAAUUUAAAAAUCAGUUCAACAGCCCAUUAGCCUUAGUUAUUGUGCCUGGCAGAGAAUUAGCUGAUCAAAUUGGAGAGAUUGCCAAUUGGUUUACUGAAGAUUUACCAUUGAAUGUAAAAGUAAUAACUGGAGGACACACAAAAAGGCAGAUAGUUAAUCCAGUUUUUGAGGAAAAUGAUAUAAUUAUUGCUACAUUAGGAGCUCUGAGCAAAUUAACAAACACUGGCAUAUACUCAAUGCGUUAUGUACGUCAUAUUGUACUAGAUGAAGCAGAUACUCUAAUGGACGAUAGUUUUAAUGAAUUAAUGACUCAUUUCUUAUCUAGAUUCCAAUUUAAAAGUCGUAAUGAAAGUUCUAAUUUGACUCAAUUGCUGUUGGUUAGUGCCACAAUGCCAACAAGCCUAUCCGAUAUAUUGGGCAAUAUAAUUGACAUGGAUAGUUUGAACAAGAUCAAAACGGAUAAAUUACAUGCCAUUCUUCCUCAUGUUCAACAAAGAUUUAUUAAAACUAAUCUGGGUGAAAAACCAGCAAAUCUGUUGUUACAAGCAAAAAAACUUUCUAAAAGCAAUACUCCAACAAUAAUAUUUUGUAAUAAAUCAAGUACUUGUGAUUGGGCUACAAUGUUUUUAAAUGAAAACGGCAUCGAGGCAGUAAAUUUGCAUGGUGACAUGCUGUAUGAAAUUAGACUUGGAAAAUUCAAAAAAUAUCAAGAUGGCGAAGUCAACAUUAUGGUUAGCACGGAUGUGGGAUCCAGAGGAUUAAAUACAAUUAGAACUAAGCAUAUUAUAAAUUAUGACUUUCCCACCUAUAUUGCUGAUUAUAUUCAUCGAUGUGGGCGUACUGGACGUUUAAAUGCGGGUACAGAUGGAAAAGUCACCAAUUAUAUUAGUACAAAUAAUGAUUCUGAAUUGGUCCAAAAAAUUGAAUUGGCUGCACGCACUAUGAAAUCUUUACCGAAUGUCAAUGGAAAUAUAACUAAAAUACGAAGAUUCUACAUAUUGAACCAACUGGAAAACAAAGCAGCCAAAAAAUUAAAUUAA